UAUAUAUAAACACCCUGAACUCUUCACUAAAUUACAAAACUAAAAAAGUUUGUACUUUUCAUUUCUCCAAUGGAGCAAGAACUACCUUCUAGUACCAGACCCAAGCCCAAGCUACUAAACCGGCUCAACACAUACGUGGGCUCAAGCCGGAUCGGUAAGCGGUUCAAACUCGCCGAACGCAACUCAACUUUCACGACGGAGCUCCGUGCCGGUACGGCGACUUUCCUCACCAUGGCUUAUAUCCUCGCCGUAAACGCCUCCAUCCUCUCCGACUCCGGCGGAACUUGCUCUGUCUCCGACUGUGUCCCACUCUGCUCAAACCCGACCCUCCUACCUUCCCAGUGUACCGGACCGGGUCUCAGAUUAAUCCAACCGGACGUAACCUGUAAAUUCGAUCCGGUUAAUCCCGGUUACGCAGCCUGCCUCGAAGGACUCCGAAAGGAUCUAAUCGUCGCCACCGUGGCUUCCUCCUUGAUCGGAUGCGUGAUCAUGGGACUGAUGGCGAAUCUCCCUCUAGCGUUAGCUCCUGGAAUGGGAACCAACGCUUACUUCGCUUACACAGCCGUCGGUUUCCACGGAUCCGGUUCAAUCUCGUACCAAACCGCUCUCGCCGCGGUUUUCAUCGAGGGGUUAAUAUUCCUCUUCAUCUCCGCCAUAGGCUUCAGAACGAAGCUAGCGAAACUCGUCCCUAAACCGGUCCGAAUCAGCUCAUCCGCCGGUAUAGGCCUCUUCCUCGCCUUCAUCGGUUUACAAAACAACCAAGGACUCGGUUUAGUCGGUUACAGCCCCUCCACUCUAGUAACUCUCGCCGCGUGUCCAGCCUCGUCACGUGCCUCGUUAGCUCCCGUUAUAACGUCGGCUAACGGAACCGUCACUUUCGGUUCCGUUUCCGGCGAUAUCAUGUGCCUCCACGGGCGCAUGGAGAGCCCCACCUUCUGGCUGGGCAUCGUCGGGUUCGUGAUCAUCGCUUACUGCCUGAUCAAGAACGUGAAAGGAGCGAUGAUCUACGGGAUCGUGUUCGUAACGGCGGUUUCGUGGUUCCGUAACACGGAGGUAACGGCGUUUCCGAACACAACGGCGGGAGAUAACGCGCACGAUUAUUUCAAAAAGAUCGUCGACGUCCACGUCAUCAAGAAUACAGCUGGAGCGUUAAGCUUCUCGGGGAUAAGCAAAGGGCAUUUCUGGGAAGCGUUGGUGACUUUCCUCUACGUUGAUAUUUUGGACACGACGGGGACGCUCUACUCCAUGGCGAGGUUCGCCGGAUUCGUCGACGAGAAGGGAGACUUCGAGGGGCAGUACUUCGCGUUCAUGUCCGACGCGUCCGCGAUCGUGAUCGGAUCGCUGCUAGGGACGUCGCCGGUGACGGUUUUUAUUGAAUCCUCGACGGGGAUAAGGGAGGGAGGGAGGACGGGGCUGACGGCGAUCACGGUGGCGGUUUACUUCUUCUUCGCGAUGUUUUUCACGCCGCUGCUGGCUUCGAUUCCGGCGUGGGCGGUUGGACCGCCGUUGAUACUGGUGGGGGUGAUGAUGAUGAAGGCGGUGACGGAGAUAGAUUGGGGAGAUAUGAGGGAGGCGAUUCCGGCGUUUGUGACGAUGAUUCUGAUGCCGUUGACGUACUCGGUGGCGUAUGGGUUGAUCGGAGGGAUUGGGACGUAUGUUGUGUUGCAUCUGUGGGACUGGGGAGAGGAUGGGAUGGUGAAGUUUGGGUUAUUGAAAAGGAAAGUUGAGGAAGAAGAAGAGGUUAAUGAUAGUAAUGGACUUGUUAAAGUUAACGACACUCACACGUCUGUUUAGAUUUUUAUUUCUUCUAUUUUUUUUUACAUUGGUUUUCUUAGAUGGAUUAUUGAUUUAUUUCUCUUGAAGAUGUAAGAAAAGAAAAUGUAAAGAUGGGUUCUUGAA